UAGUUUUUAAAAUUAAUAAACAUUAUAAAAAUGGAAUUUUGGAACUUACCCACUAUAAAUUGAUUGAUUUGUAAUGAUACCCAUCUUCUACUUUUGUCUAUUUCGGCUUCCAUUGCCACCCCUCGUCCAUUCUACUUUCUCUCUCUUCAAAGUCCAAACCUUUGGUUUUUCCCAUUGUGCAGGGAUCUUUCUUUUGGGUAAAAUUGACCACAUUCCUCUAGUCCUUGUGAAGGGAGUACGGGUACGGAUUUUUCGUCACCUUCCCUCGCCCAGACUUCGAGCGGAAUAUUGGUUAUGAUGAUGAUGACUCCUAUUGUAACAUCAUUUUAUGAUCAAAUGAUUGGAGUUAUGCUGGUUUGAUCAUUGCUUGUCAUUGAAAAGAAAGCAUGACAUUCCCUCGAGUUCAGACGAGUAGAGGGGAGUUAAGGAUCCAUGAGAGUUUGAAUGAUCUUAACACUGAUUUGGUUGAAUAUAUAUCUGAAUUAUCUGAGGCAGCGGUAAAAGAGCGAGGCGUUUUCACCAUCGCUUUGUCGGGUGGUUCUCUCAUUGGCUUAUUGGGAAAACUUGCAGAAGCACCUUACAAUCAGACGAUUGACUGGGUGAAAUGGCACGUAUUUUGGGCUGAUGAGCGUGUCGUAGCAAAGAGUCAUGCUGAUAGCAAUUAUAAGCUAGCAAAGGAUGGAUUCUUGACCAAGGUGCCAGUCUAUCCUAGCCAUGUACACUCCAUCAAUGAUUCCUUAACAGCAGAGGAUGCUGCUAGUGAGUAUGAAUUCGGCAUCCGUCAGCUCGUAAAGACUAGACUAAUAAACGUGUCUGACAUCGACGACUGCCCCAAGUUCGAUCUCAUACUUCUUGGAAUGGGCCCUGACGGACAUGUAGCGUCUCUCUUCCCUAACCACUCUUCAUUGAGCAUGAAAGACGAAUGGAUUACAUUCAUCACCGACUCUCCCAAGCCUCCACCCGAGAGAAUCACCUUUACUUUACCAGUCAUCAACUCAGCAUCCAACGUGGCCGUGGUGGUGACUGGCGGAGGGAAAGCCGAUGCUGUAUGCUUGGCAAUUGGUUCGGCUAAUGUGGGUACAAACUCUUCGUCUUUGCCAGCAAGGAUGGUACAGCCAACCCAAGGGAAACUCGUAUGGUUCUUGGACAAGCAAGCCGCCUCAAGACUUGAUGUUCAAGAUUCCGACUAGAUUAAGUUGCCGUUGUCAUUACCGACCCUUCAUUUUGGAUAGCUGGUUUUUUUGACCGAGAAGAGCUUAAUAAGUCGAGGCUUGGAGAUCGUUUUCGUAUUCUUUGUAAGAUUGUGAUAUGGUUAGGAUUGUUGUUUUGUGAAUAGGCAGCUUGGAUGAUAUGACAGUCGACAAUUGCUCUUAACAUGUCAAAUUUAGGGCCCUUACUUUCUGAUAUGAUUAGUCUCUUUUGUCUACAUUGUUGUACAUUUUCUAGUUGUGGUGCAAAUUUAUCCACAAUUGUUCAUCCUUGACUUGAUCAUUGAAGUGCCCACAUUAACAAGUUUUUAGU